CAUGAAGAAACUGCUGAAAUUUUCAAUUUUAUCUGCAAAAUUUUAAUAAUUUCUCCUUCAACAGUGUUGGUACUUGUUGUUGUACCUGCUAUAGCAGUUGGUGUGCGUAUGUUUGGGCGCUAUCUCCGUGAACUCUCACAUCAGACUCAAGCUGCAGCAGCUGUAGCGGCAUCAAUAGCUGAGGAAUCGUUUGGAGCCAUACGCACGGUUAGGUCCUUUGCGCAAGAGGAACAUCAAAUCUCAUGCUACUCCGAGAAAGUUGAUGACACAUUGAAACUUGGGCUUAAGCAAGCUAAAAUUGUUGGUCUCUACUCCGGAGGUAUGGAUGCAGCAUUUACAUUGCCAGUGGUCUGUGUAGUGAUAUAUGGAGCUUAUUUAGCCAUUAAAGGCUAUAUGACAACUGGUGUUCUUACAUCCUUCAUCCUUUACAGCCUUCAAGUUGCUUCCUCAAUAUCUUCCUUAUUUGGAUUGUACACGACAAUCAUGAAGGCUUCAGGGGCAAGCAGGAGAGUUUUUCAAUUUCUAGAUCGUGUUUUCUCUAUGCCAAAACCCGGAGAUAAAUGUCCAUCUAUUGGCCAUAACGGAGAGGUUGAGCUGGACGACGUGUGGUUUGCGUAUCCUUCUCGCCCAGCUCACAUGGUUCUUGAGGGUAUUACAUUAAAGUUGAGUCCGGGUUCGAAAGUUGCACUUGUUGGGCCAAGUGGUGGCGGAAAAACUACCAUUGCCCAUUUGAUUGAACGGUUUUAUGACCCUGUAAAGGGGAAGAUCUUGCUAAAUGGAGUAUCAUUGGUUGAAAUAUCACAUCAAUAUCUCCACAGACAGGUCAGCAUAGUAAGCCAAGAACCUGUCCUGUUUAACUGCUCCAUUGAAGAGAAUAUUGCUUAUGGAUUAAAUGGCAAGGCCGGUGCUGCUGAAAUUGAGAACGUUGCUAAAAUGGCAAAUGCACAUGAAUUUGUAUCUAAAUUCCCUGAGAAAUAUAAAACCGUCGUUGGAGAGCGAGGGAUAAGACUUUCUGGUGGACAGAAACAGCGCAUAGCUAUCGCAAGAGCUUUAUUGAUGAAUCCUUGUGUUCUUCUUUUGGACGAGGCUACGAGUGCCUUGGAUGCUGAAAGCGAGUAUCUGGUCCAGGAUGCGAUGGAAUCUCUAAUGAAAGGAAGGACAGUUCUCGUGAUAGCGCACAGGCUUUCGACCGUGAAGAGUGCGGAUAGUGUAGAAGUUGUCUCCGAUGGCCAGAUAGUAGAGAGGGGCACCCAUGACGAACUACUCAGCCGAAAUGGCAUCUAUACUGCCCUUGUAAAGAGACAACUGCAAGGACCCCGAGUUGAAGCCGAUGAGCUACGUAGUAGUUGAUUGUUGGCAAAGCCACUGCGAUUAUUUCUUUUUGUAUCCAUCAAUCAGUUUCUGUCACUGAGAAUUCGCUUGUUGUGUGAGAAUUUUUCUGUAAGGGUGCACAUUAAUUGCUAGCAGGUUGGAAGGGAGUGAGAUAUUCUAAAGGCAGAAUUAGAGUUGUACUUUAUUGAUGGUGGUUUUUGUCCAUACGAGAGUCUCUUUUGAGCUAGUGAAUGCUACCGCCAAUUUUUAAUACUUUCAAAGCACGGGGCAUCAUAA